GAACUGAACAAAGGACUAAUAAUAGGAACGCGGGGUGACAUGAAAAGGACCAUGUCCCCCUUAGUGGUUCUAUUUAUUAUAAUAGGAUUGUUGGGGCCAACAUGUGAAAAUCUAAAUAAUUUGACGGAUUCAGUUUCACAUCAUAUGCCCUCACCAGACCAAAGAGUUAACGACAGGACCCAAUUGAAUGACAGAGCACUGGAAUACUGGCCUGUGGCCAACCGUACAGAAAUUAAAAUUUUUAGGAGAGGACCACUAGUUAUUUCCAGAAAGUACUGGUACCCCGUUUUAGAAAUAGCAAUUAAAAAAGCACCUCCCAUAUCCCCUGCAAUUACCUCAGCCGCAACAUCAACAAAAUCAUUCAGCUCAUCACCAGCAACAACAACUAUGUUGCCCACUUCAUCUUUCCCAGCAACUGCACAAAUAACUACUUUAGGGCCUUCAACAACCAAAACAAAGUCUACAAUUUCAACAGAGCCCCUAACAACCAGCAUUCAAGAACAUAUCAGCAAACAGAAGACCACUACAAGACAAAUAUCAGAAACCACAACAGAGCUGCAAACUUCAGCAGUGCCAGCAACAAUCAAAACUUCAAAAACAACAAUCUUACCAACUACCAACUCAAGACAACAAACAACCAUUACACAUUCUACAACUUCAGCAAUGCUACCAAAAACUACCACUUCAAACAAUAUAGCAUUAGAAACCUCAAGGCAACUAUCAGCCACCACAUCAAAGCUCACUCCAUUAAACACACCAGCAACUACCGCAAUACAGCUAACAAGCAACAUAAAACCCACAACCACUAGAAAUACAUUGGGAUUGACAUUAAAAUGGACACCAGUGGAAACUGCAGCAUCAGAGGGUGCUUCAACCAGUAUGCAGACAACAACUGUAAAGGAUGGCUCAAAUGCUCCAAAAGUAACAACAACUGCCAUUUCAUCUGCAAAUCUGCCAGCUACAUCAGAUACUACUUUAUGGUCUACAGUGGCACCUGGAACAACAAAUGCAGCAACAACAAUUAUAGUGCCCCAAACAGGGGUAACGGCAAUACUUCAGCCUACACAAACAGUAGCUACAACAGAGUCAGUGACAAUCAGUGCAGUACAAUCUGCAUCAUCACCUCAAGUCACAACAGAACCUUUAACGGCCAAAACUGAUUCAAUAACACCAACAUUGCCAGCACCUGCAUUGAGCACAACCACAUCAUCAACUGUUAGCAAUGAACCAAAAACAAUCAGGAUAAAUACAACAGAAGAUACAGUGACAACAACAACAGGUCUAGUAGAGUCUGCUACUACACCCAAAGAUUCUACCUUGGUACCAGUGACAUCAGCAUUGCCAGCAAAUGCAUUGGGCACAACAAUAUCAGCAACUGUUAGCAAUGAGCAAGAAACAAUCAGGAUAACUAAAACAGAAGAUAAAGUGACAACAACAACAGGUCUAGUAGAGUCUGUUACUACACCCAAAGAUUCUACCUUGGUACCAGUGACAUCAGCAUUGCCAGCAACUGCAUUGGGCACAACAACAUCAGCAACUGUUAGCAAUGAGCCAGAAACGAUCAGAAUAACUACAAAAGAAGAUACAGUGACAACAACAACAGGUCUAGUAGAGUCUGCUACUACACCCAAAGAUUCUACCUUGAUACCAGUGACAUCAGCUUUGCCAGCAACUGAAUUGGGCACAACCACAUCAGCAACUGUUAGCGAUGAACCAGAAACAAUCAGGAUAAAGACAGCAGAAGAUACAGUGACAACAACAACAGGUUUAGUAGAGUCUGUUACUACACCCAAAGAUUCUACCUUGAUACCAGUGACAUCAGCUUUGCCAGCAACUGAAUUGGGCACAACCACAUCAGCAACUGUUAGCGAUGAACCAGAAACAAUCAGGAUAAAGACAGCAGAAGAUACAGUGACAACAACAACAGGUUUAGUAGAGUCUGUUACUACACCCAAAGAUUCUACCUUGAUACCAGUGACAUCAGCUUUGCCAGCAACUGAAUUGGGCACAACCACAUCAGCAACUGUUAGCGAUGAACCAGAAACAAUCAGGAUAAAGACAGCAGAAGAUACAGUGACAACAACAACAGGUUUAGUAGAGUCUGUUACUACACCCAAAGAUUCUACCUUGAUACCAGUGACAUCAGCUUUGCCAGCAACUGAAUUGGGCACAACCACAUCAGCAACUGUUAGCGAUGAACCAGAAACAAUCAGGAUAAAGACAGCAGAAGAUACAGUGACAACAACAACAGGUUUAGUAGAGUCUGUUACUACACCCAAAGAUUCUACCUUGAUACCAGUGACAUCAGCUUUGCCAGCAACUGAAUUGGGCACAACCACAUCAGCAACUGUUAGCGAUGAACCAGAAACAAUCAGGAUAAAGACAGCAGAAGAUACAGUGACAACAACAACAGGUUUAGUAGAGUCUGUUACUACACCCAAAGAUUCUACCUUGAUACCAGUGACAUCAGCUUUGCCAGCAACUGAAUUGGGCACAACCACAUCAGCAACUGUUAGCGAUGAACCAGAAACAAUCAGGAUAAAGACAGCAGAAGAUACAGUGACAACAACAACAGGUUUAGUAGAGUCUGUUACUACACCCAAAGAUUCUACCUUGAUACCAGUGACAUCAGCUUUGCCAGCAACUGAAUUGGGCACAACCACAUCAGCAACUGUUAGCGAUGAACCAGAAACAAUCAGGAUAAAGACAGCAGAAGAUACAGUGACAACAACAACAGGUUUAGUAGAGUCUGUUACUACACCCAAAGAUUCUACCUUGAUACCAGUGACAUCAGCUUUGCCAGCAACUGAAUUGGGCACAACCACAUCAGCAACUGUUAGCGAUGAACCAGAAACAAUCAGGAUAAAGACAGCAGAAGAUACAGUGACAACAACAACAGGUUUAGUAGAGUCUGUUACUACACCCAAAGAUUCUACCUUGAUACCAGUGACAUCAGCUUUGCCAGCAACUGAAUUGGGCACAACCACAUCAGCAACUGUUAGCGAUGAACCAGAAACAAUCAGGAUAAAGACAGCAGAAGAUACAGUGACAACAACAACAGGUUUAGUAGAGUCUGUUACUACACCCAAAGAUUCUACCUUGAUACCAGUGACAUCAGCUUUGCCAGCAACUGAAUUGGGCACAACCACAUCAGCAACUGUUAGCGAUGAACCAGAAACAAUCAGGAUAAAGACAGCAGAAGAUACAGUGACAACAACAACAGGUUUAGUAGAGUCUGUUACUACACCCAAAGAUUCUACCUUGAUACCAGUGACAUCAGCUUUGCCAGCAACUGAAUUGGGCACAACCACAUCAGCAACUGUUAGCGAUGAACCAGAAACAAUCAGGAUAAAGACAGCAGAAGAUACAGUGACAACAACAACAGGUUUAGUAGAGUCUGUUACUACACCCAAAGAUUCUACCUUGAUACCAGUGACAUCAGCUUUGCCAGCAACUGAAUUGGGCACAACCACAUCAGCAACUGUUAGCGAUGAACCAGAAACAAUCAGGAUAAAGACAGCAGAAGAUACAGUGACAACAACAACAGGUUUAGUAGAGUCUGUUACUACACCCAAAGAUUCUACCUUGAUACCAGUGACAUCAGCUUUGCCAGCAACUGAAUUGGGCACAACCACAUCAGCAACUGUUAGCGAUGAACCAGAAACAAUCAGGAUAAAGACAGCAGAAGAUACAGUGACAACAACAACAGGUUUAGUAGAGUCUGUUACUACACCCAAAGAUUCUACCUUGAUACCAGUGACAUCAGCUUUGCCAGCAACUGAAUUGGGCACAACCACAUCAGCAACUGUUAGCGAUGAACCAGAAACAAUCAGGAUAAAGACAGCAGAAGAUACAGUGACAACAACAACAGGCCUAGUAGAGUCUGCUACUACACCCAAAGCUUCAACCUUGGUACCAGUGACAUCAGAAUUACCAGAAACUGCAUUGGGCACAACCAGAUCAGCAACUGCUAGUACUGCAUUGGGCACAACCAGAUCAGCAACUGUUAGCAAUGAACUGGAAACAAUCAGUAUAACUACAAGAGAAGAUACAGUGACAACAACAACAACAGGCCUAGUAGAGUCUGCUACUACGCCCAAAGCUUCUAGCUUGGUACCAGUGACAUCAGCUUUGCCAGCAACUGAAUUGGGCACAACCACAUCAGCAACUGUUAGCAAUGAACCAGAAACAAUAAGAAUAACUACAACAGAAGAUACAGUGACAACAACAACAGGCCUAGUAAAGUCUGCUACUACACCCAAAACUUCUACAUUUGUAACAGUGACAUCAGCGUUGCCAGCAACUGAAUUGGGCACAAGCACUGCAGCAAUUGUUAGCAAUAAACCAGAAACAACCAGGAUAAAUACAACAGAAGAUACAGUGACAACAACAAGAGGUCUAGCAGAGUCUGCUACUACACCCAAAGAUUCUACCUUGGUACCAGUGACAUCAGCAUUGCCAGCACCUGCAUUGGGCACAACCACAUCAGCAACUGUUAGCAAUGAACCAGAAACAAUCAGGAUAAAUACAGUAGAAGAUACAGUGACAACAACAACGAACCUUGGUACCAGUGACAUCAGCAUUGCCAGCAACUGCAUUGGGCACAACCAGAUCAGCAACUUGACAUCAGCAUUGCCAGCAACUGCAUUGGGCACAACCACAGCAUCAACUGUUAGCAAUGAACCAGAAACAAUCAGGAUAAAUACAACAGAAGAUACAGUGACAACAACAACAGGUCUAGUAGAGUCUGCUACUACACCCAAAGAUUCUACCUUGGUACCAGUGACAUCAGCAUUGCCAGAAACUGCAUUGGGCACAACCACUGCAGCAACUGUUAGCAAUAAACCGGAAACAAUCCGAAUAACUACAACAGAAGAUGCAGUGACAACAACAACAGGCCUAGUAGAGUCUGCUACUACACCCAAAGUUUCAAUAUUUGUACCAGUGACAUCAGCAUUGCCAGCAACUGCAUUGGGCACAACCACAGCUGCAACUGUUAGUAAUGAAUUGGAAACAAUCAGGAUAACUACAACAGAAGAAACAAUGACAACAACAACAGGCCUAGUAGAGUCUGCUACUACACGCAAAGCUUCAACCUUGGUACCAGUGACAUCAGCAUUACCAGCAACUGCAUUGGGCACAACCACAUCAGCAACUGUUAGAGAAGAACCAGAAUCAACCACGACUACUCAAGCUAAGGUUUCGUCUACUGUAUUACAUUCUGUGGCAGUAGAUACAGCCACAACAACAGUCCUUGAAGAGUCUGCUACUGCACCCAAAACUUCAACCUUGGUACCAGUGACAUCUCAAGUCACAACCGAACCCUCACCAGCCCAAAACGAAACUACAACAUUAAUGUCAGUGAAGCCAGUAACAGUGGCUCAUACCUUAGAAGUCUCCAACACUGCCAAAAGUGUGACACAAGAACCUAAAACACAUGCUGACAGUGGUUCUUCAUCAGCAGGAAUAAGUACAUUAAGAGAAUCUGGUACAACAGAAUCAACAUUUGCUCCAACUACAACAGCACGAAUAACAGAGGCAUCAUCACCUUUAACUGAAGCAAGUGAAGUAAAGACAACAACUGCAAGAACAUCCAGAUCUACAGAAUCAUCUGCAGAAGCCCAAAUAACAAGUGCAACCAUUGCACCAUCAUCAGGAAUGACAUCAGCAUUGCCAGCAACUGCAGCAGGGACAGUCACAGCAGCAACUGUUAGAAAUGAACCGGAAACAAUCAGGACAACUUCAACAGAAGAUACAGUGAAAACAACAGGCCUAGUAGAGUCUGCUACUACACCCAAAGAUUCUACCUUGGUACCAGUGACAUCAGCAUUGCCAACUGAAUUGGGCACAACCACAUCAGCAACUGUUAGCAAUGAACCGGAAACAAUCAGGAUAACUACAACAGAAGAUACAGUGACAACAACAGGCCUAGUAGAAUCUGCUACUACACUCAAAGCUUCAACCUUGGUACAGGUGACAUCAGCAUUGCCAGCAACUGCAGCGAACACGACCACAGCAGCAACCGUUAGCAAUGAACCAGAAUCAACCAAGACUACACUAGCUCAAGUUUCAUCUACUGUGAUACAUUCUGUGGCAGUAGGUACAGUUACAACAACAACAUCAACAACAAGCUUAGUAAAGUCUGCUACUGCACCAAAAGCUUCAACCUUUGUACCAGUGACAUCAGCAUUGACAGCAACUGCAUCAAGGACAACAGCAGCAGCAACUGUUAGAAAUAAACCAGAAUCAACCAAGACUACACUAGCUAAGGGUUCAUCUACUGUAUUAAAUUCUACAACAGUAUAUACAACAACAUCGACAACAACAACAACACUAACGUCAGUAAAGCCAGUAACAGAGGCUCAUACCUCAUAUGUGUCCACUGUAGCACCAACAACAGAGGGCACAAAUACUGAUCCUCCUACCCUUGACGAGGGAAGCAUACACUUAAGAUUCAGUCUAAAUGAAACUUUCAGUGAAAUAUAUAACAACCACUCAUCCCCUGAAUUCAUUGCAUUGGCAUCCCAUGUGGUAACUGUGAUAAACAGAAUUUACAGGGCAAGCAAUCUCAGAGGAUACAGGCGAUGUAGAGUCAACUCUUUCGUGAGGGGCUCCAUUAAAGUUGAUAUGACUCUUAUCUUUGAGAAUUCUUCUACAGUCCCAAGCUCAUUUGAGGUAGAGGGAAUUCUUAAUGGGACCGCUGUGAAUGGUACCAUACUUUUGGACAUCAUACUUGAUACUAUCAAAGCAGGGGAAGUAGUUACUUCUAGUACACCACCGCCUGCCACAAAUGCAACUUUUGAAUCUACCACCAUGAAAUCAAGUACCAAUGAGUACACAAACACCACGUCUAGUGCCUUUCCAUGGAUGGUACGCUGUUCACUAAUGACUAUAUCUCCAGCUAUUACUGUUUUAUUAGCACAAACUUUGAUGUGUUUGUAAUUUAAAGUGUACUAGGAAAGUUCACAAAAGAAAUAAA